AUGGUCGCGACGAACCCCAACUUCGUCGCGAAGCAACAUGCCAUCUACGAUGUCAUCCGUGCUCAAGCCGCCGCUCGCCAGGAAGCGGCCGCCGCGGAGGCGCAAUUUCAGGCGAUCGCAGACGAGAACAACGCCAAUUGUGCCUCCUACGUGCCGCCAAUGAACCAUCAGGCGGACGGUGGAACGACGACAGCGCCGGCGCCACCAUUUCCAUCAUGGACCUCACGUCCACCGGCGAUGGACAUGGCCGACGACUUCUACAAUGUGAGCCUCGUGGUCGGCUACAACAUGCCGAUGGUGGUCGCGCCGCCGAACGCAAACUGCGAGCAAACGAGCUACCCCGCCGACCUGAACGGGCCAUGCCCGCCGGAGCUCCGAGUCGUCGUGGCCCACGUGAAGGUGGCAUACUUGGACCUGGAGCGCACGCGAAACGUUUGCGGUGGAGGCGUACUGUUGCAGCAGCGCCCACGACACGCCGGCGACGUGCGCUCCCACCGCCCCCUGUGGCUCUUCAAGGCCACGUGCCCGCGCGACUAUAGCUAUGCCUGUGAGGAUGGGAGCGUAUACAAUGGCGUCCUCGUCCUCUCGCAAUAA